CAAACAAACUGCAAGUUUGGAAGUAAUGUUCAAAUGCUACUAAUCUCGCUCCACAUGUGGCGCAACAGAGCACAAGGGAGCAGGAAAUAAUUGUUUGUGGACCACAAAUUGUGGUUUAGUGGAAAGUGUAUAUACGUGUUAUAUAUUGCAACGUGGAGACGUUAACGUUUAUAUGUUGCAAAAUCCCCUCCGCAACACCAUCCAGUGUAAUUACGUUGCUGGGUAGGGAAAAUUUCAAGUUAUGACUUUGGUUUAAAAUAUUGCUUUGGCAAGAAAGCAAAGAUGUCAUCCACACAAGAUGUAAUUGAUGAUUUUAUCAACAAUGCUGAAAAAUUAUACGACCAAAAUAUAAAGGGUGAAGAUGGAUUUUCAGUGGAUUUUCAAAAACUAAAACACCUUUCCGCAUCAUUAAAAAUAAGUUCAGAUUCCCAAUACAAAUCAAGUGCUGGUGAAAAACCUGAAAAUAAAAAGAAAAACCGAUAUAAAGAUAUAUUACCAUUUGAUACAACAAGGGUCAAGUUAUCCACAAUCAACAAUGCUUCAGAUUAUAUUAAUGCAAGUUUUAUAAAGGGCACAGAUGGAAAAAAUAGUUACAUUGCUUCACAAGGCCCACUUCCACACACUGUGACUGAUUUUUGGCGAAUGUUGUGGGAAUAUAGGAUUAGUACAAUUGUGAUGGUGUGUAGGGAAAUUGAGCUAGGAAAACAGAAGUGUGAAAGGUAUUGGCCUCAAGAACAGGAAUUAAAGCAGUAUGAUGACAUCUUAAUCAUCCUGACUCGUGAGGAAAACAGUGAACACGGCUUCGUUAUUCGCCACCUUGUUGUACAGAGAGGCCAGGAAAAACGAAAAAUAUCCCAGAUCCAGUAUAAAGCUUGGCCUGACCACGGUGUGCCAAGAAUAAGGGAUGAGAUCUUAAAUAUGAUAAAGUACGCCCGUGACAUUCAACCUUACAGCAUGGAUUCCCAAGUUCCCCUGUGUAUUCACUGUAGUGCUGGAUGUGGAAGGACAGGAGCAGUUCUCGCAAUUGAUUAUUUUAGGAACCUGUUACUGCAUAAGAAACUGCUAAGAAGCAUUACAGUGUUCAACGUUGUGGCGGAAAUGAGAAAACAAAGACCAGCAGUCGUACAAACAAAGGAUCAAUACGAGUUCGUUCAUCUCGCUGUUUCGGAGAUGUUCGUUAAAUAUAUAAAGGACCAAGGAGGUGUGUCUAAUUCAAGCCUCUCCAGGGCAUUGGUGUCGAAAAACUAUGAAAAUGUGACAAUAACUCCAAAACCACCACCGUCGUCUCAAAAACCCACAUCUGCUGGAAAUAACGACGAACCGGGUCGUCCUUUUGAACAAGCAAAGCACCGCAAAAGCUUGAACCAAAAAGAUAAUCAAGUGAUGUCACCGAUGCAUAGGCCUGAAGAUUUCCUUGGCCCCCCACCUCCCAAACCCUCCCGUGGCGACAGACCUCAACGUGGAAGUCCAUUGACCAGGCCGGUGUCGAGCUAUGAGACGUCAAAUUUCCGCUACGGUGGUGGUCAAUUAAACAAACCUAACCAAGAUGGUGGGAGGAAAAUGAGCACACCAGCUUUAAAAGAAACCCAGCAGCCUUCAGCUAAGCCAGCAGUAAGGAAACAGCUGUCUAAUAACAGCCCACCUGUCAAGAAGACGACAGCCUUGCCCAUGCGACCUAAUACAGCAAGCAACUCUACAUAUCCACCAAACCAAAUAUCCGGGGCCAUGUCGUCAAAUAUUAAACCGAAACCAAGGUCACAAGCGCCAACUGGUAUAUCCUUAGCAGAUUACACGAAAGCCGCAGGUAAGCCCGACGCCUCCAGUAAACCAAUUAAACACAUGCCUGCUGCAUCAUCCAUUUUGUUUGCACCCAACAAGCAUGAUCCUAAGUUACCAGGUUCGAACCCCAAACCCCACGACAAGGUACCUCCCGCUAUAAAACCAAAACCGAAUAAAGCGUUAACAAAACCAGAAGAGACAAAAGUUCCCGAAUCAAUUGAAGCUCGAAAGCAAAGACUGUGGCCACAAGGGUUCCAGAAAGAAACAUCUCCAAUGCAAAAGUCCAACGUCUCCGCUUCCGUAUUUGACUUGCGCGACAUACACGAGCAACCGCCAAUCAAACCAAAGAAGCAAUUCAAACGAACGGCGUCUGUGGACCGAGAUAUACGCUCACCGGCAACCGCUGCUUUACACCAAAGUUCCAAACCCGAUACCCGAAACAGUUUCCACUCAAGAAACAACAAUAACAACAACAACAGUAAAGUGAAUGCUGCUAAACACAAGUUUGAAGCAGUCAAGCCUACAGAAAAAGAUACAGAUAAACCUGCCGUAAAAAAGUCAGCCAUAACGUCCAAAACGAACCAAUUCAUCACAACCGAUCAUAAAACCAACCCAGACUCCCAGAAAAUCUCUACCACGCCUGUGACGACCACGAACAGCACUGGAGCAUACACGGACAUCGUAACCAACACUACCCACGAAGUAGCACGUACCAGUCCUACCUACAACGUUCUACAACGCUCCAUAAAAGACAAAACAGCAACCCCAGCCUCUUAUGAAGUCGUAAAACCUCUUGCCCCCGAAAAACCAAAGCCCCCAGAAAAACCAACCAAACCAGAUGCAACCGAAAACCUUUACAACAGCUUCCAAAGAACAGUCCGCCAUAAGCCCAAACUUACUUGUGCAUCUCCAUACAGCAGUAUUGAUAUCCGAAGUGCAUCUGAAAGCAGUUACCUCCACAGCAAGUCCAACCACCUUCCUAUUGCUUUGGGCCCAAUGCCCUACCGCACUCCCAUAAGCUCUACAUCCUCAAGCGUCUUUGAAACAUCACCCACAACAGAACCUACCCAUGACCCUUACUCUGCUGUAGCCCAUGAUCCGCAUGGUUUGGUUGUAACGCAAGAUAACAAGCCCGCCUUGACUAGUAAACCACAGCCUCCAUUGAAGCCAAAACGUACAAUCAAACGCAACAACAAUCCAUACAAAGCUCAAACCACCGAAGACAAGGCUGUUGUAAACUCUGGAGCCGCGAGUCCUACAUCUCCAAGAGAGCUGUACGCGUCAGUAGGUGGGAAAUACGCCGAGAUAACUCUUCCCGAAUCGUCCAUGUACUCUGCUAUAUCCCGGGACGAAGCCGAUGGCCCAAUGUACGCAUCCGUGGCCCGCGAAUCUCCCGCAGACACGAUGUACUCUGGCAUUACCCGCGACGAACCGGCGUACUACAGCGUACCUGCUGAAAGCAUGAAUUUGUCGCACCCUACCCAAUUCACUGGCAAACAAGUAAACAGUGACUACUCCGAAAUUUCAUCCCAGGAUUCAAACUCCAUUGCCAACCCAGCUUACAACCCAAGUUUGCUACCAGAAGGCAACGUACCUGCCCGGAUGCCCACGCGUUCGUCAGUUGAUAUGCCACCACUUCCUGAGAGGACUGCAGCUUCGUACCAAUGCAUUGACCCAGACGAUUACUCGCUCGCCUCUGACCCCGCUGCAAGGCAAUACGAAGACUUGAAUUCAAACACCAAAUCUACCCAAGAUACUAAAGAACGUCGAUCUAGCAGUGCUGGUGGUCUGUCUGGUUACAAAGCCAAAGCAAAGAACGCAUUGGGAAAGACAACCAAUGUUCUGAACGAAGCAAUUCACCAAUUCUCUACUGGUCGUCAGAAAUCAGAAGACCUAAGCAGUCCACGGGCACGACAGCAAGGAUAUUCACAAGAACCGCAUAUGCUUAACGGGCAAGACAUAAGUUUCGGACACCGAUACCAAAUGAGACCGACCGGCCCUCGCCCCACCCCCAAUCAUUGGAAAUAAUGGCAACGUCCAAAAAUUUUAGUUUUAGCAGAUUUAUAUGGCAAACUUUUAAAUUUACUUUCAUUGUGACGUGUUAUGAAGCAUUGUGACGUCACGUUGUGAGCAACUGCGUGCCACCAACGCCUAAUCUAAUGCAUCACUUAAUGUAGUCUAGCAACAGAAUCAUGCCUGCCAAGGUCUUAAUACUCUAAUAUGGAAAUUGUGCCGAACAGCGCAGACCUGAUCGUGUUGUUUUUAUUCCACGGUUUGCACUUUAACUCGUAUUUUCUCGCCUUUAAUACUCUGCAGCAUUGUAUUUAACCAUCGACAUUGUAUCCCAAGUGUUAUUGAAUGUAAUCUUUAUCCCUUUCGCAUUUCUACCAAAAGUAUCACUAAUGCUGAAAAGACUAACGGCCUUUAAACUUUGCUCUUAAAAGUGUCACCUUUAAACCCAAACUUAAGACACGUUUUGUAAACCCAUUAGCACUAAAAGCCCUAAUACAUUCCUUCAAUUACUUUUUAAAGCAAUUGAAGCUAUAUAAAACCUAGUGUGGGGACCCCUUUCAAAUAGCUUUAUAACCGUUCACCCCGCUGUACAUAAAAUAAGCCAAGAUUGGCUUUAUAAUUUAUCACAUAGUGUCAGUGUGUAAAAUCACCGCCACUGUAAUUGGCAGCUUCAUCCGCACUUGUUUAUUAUCGCGAAUGUAUUGUGUCUUUAACCCAUCGUCGCCCAUUUCGUUAAUUAUCAAUUUCUUUCGACCGACAGUAAAUGCAGUCUGUUUAUUUAAUCGGGCACCUAAUCUAACCCCGUGCAAUAUUAACACCAUUAUAAUGACUAUAAAUUAAAAGACCGAGACUUUUUUAUCGUUAUAUACCUUAUAUCGUCUUCCUUUCGUUCUCGUCGUUCAGUUUUAAUCCGUUCAUGUUCCGUUCAAGAUGAACGACAAAAUACAAGCAUCUUGCUUUCA